AUGAUGAAACGAGUGGCACGACCGGUUGAUGUACCGAAAUUGCGCAGAAAUUUGAAAAACCGCAACAGACUUGCCGACACAAUGUGUUGUGGGUACCUUGGUGGAUUUGCUUAUUUGAAAUUUAUUCUGAUUUGGUUGGUGUGUAUCGCUCUAGAUCUUCUUAUUGGCUUCCGUUUUGAACUGCUGUACCCAGUAUGGCUCUCAAUCGGAAAUUGUUAUGAUUCGUUUCGCCUGCAGGGUCUUAUCAGCUCACUUCACUAUUCUGCUUUCUCUGUAAUUUUUAUAUGCGCAACGUUGGCGUCAGACCUUAUAUUCUUUGUUUUGUUGCCGGUUCAAAUACUUUUGUUUUUAGCUAGCAGCUAUAUUUGGAUACAUUUUGCUUGGCAAACAGCAAUGGAUAUUGUAGGAGAGCGUGGGUUUGGUCCAGCUCAACUGUUUCUUUGGAUAGUUUUAAUUUCCUUCGAAUAUAAUUGGAGGUAUCGAGGUGAUUCUCCUGUACACCUAUUUUUAGAAUCUUCAUUUGGUUCAAUUAUCAAUUUUUUGACAGGUUCAAAUUUUACUUCAUUUUCUUCGUUGUUAAAGUUUUAAUU